CUUUGUUCAACAGGACACUAGUUCCAUGGAACACCAAUACUAGUUAUCCAUUUAUUUUUUGGGAUAAACCUUUAUAGCUCACACGAUAGGUAAACAUUCCAAAGAACAUUGCCAUGAAAAGUCAUUCAUAUCUGGAAUUUGAACAUACCUCAAAUCAGCUCUAUGGAACACCAUUACCAGUUAACAAUUGUUUGAAAUUGCUAACUAUUUAUUUGUAGCUAACAAUAUAAAAGUGCUCCUCUUUCUUUCAGAUGAACAGAACCUGCAGAACUUACCAGUGAUUCACAUUAACAGGUAAGUCUUCAAUUCAUGUACAUUACAUCAUAAACUGUUUACUCUCCUGUUAUGCUCUUUUCCAGAGAAUUCUGGAUGUUUCUAGCAUUAUUUUCCUCGGUUAUAGUACCUUGUUUUUAGGAGACCAUCAUCACCAUUGCAAUGUUGACCAUAUCUCUGCUGCUGUGUGCUGCCCUUGCUCUGAGUCAAGCAACAGGUAAGACGCACAGCAAACCAAGAAUAUACACCUUAGUUCACACUUAACAACAUUCUUUACAUAACACUCCUUUCCUGUCGAUCCCUGUAACUCCAGCUAACUGGAGUUUUUGUUGUCCAGGUGCUGAGCUCUACCGUCAUUCUUUUUUGUGUACCAGUUCUUGUUUCAGAGCAAACAUGAGAAAAACGUUUUCACUCUACUGAGUCGAGGUGGACUGCACUGGGUUGUUUGUGAACAACAUUGCUAUGACUGGUCCCAUUUGAAUUCCUUUCUGUCUGUCCUUCUUCCAGGAGCUAAGGGGGCAGAGGAGGGCGUAGUGGCAACGGCAGCAGAGAACAGGAACCAAUGCCCCACAGGCUGGUUCCAAUAUGAAUCGCGCUGCUUCAUGUUCGUUGAGACUGCAAGGACAUGGCCCUAGCAGAGGUAUCAUGGUUACUCUCUACUGUGAAUUAAAGGGAAAGUUCAAUCGAAAUCAACUCGCUUAUUUGGUUUGAGGUUACCCUUAAAGGUUGAUUUGCCAUUGCGUCCUGGAAAUACUGAACCUCCCCUUUAAGUUAUUGUUUCAUUUGGAAUUUUCUUUAAGCGUCGAAUAUUUAUUGAUAUAUUUAUAUUACCUGAGGCCUACUGUAUUUGGAACCCACAGGACAUUGGUUAAGACAGAGAUCUAACAUCUGUAAGAGCAUAUGUAAAGAGCAUUAAUUGCGAUGGACAAUAUUUGAUUGUGAGAGUCCAGAAGAUAAGUUAUCCCAGACUGGACUACUGACUGAUACUUACAUUAUGAAAUGUCUUUGUCCCUGUCUACCUCUCACUGUAGCGCCACUGUGUGUCCCUUGGAGCAAACCUGGCGUCUGUGCACAGCUCUGCGGAGUAUCAAUUUCUACAGGUAGUGGUGGGGUGCAAGGCUGGCGGUUUCUCUCCUACCUGGAUUGGAGGAUAUGAUGCUGUUCAGGUGGAGUAUACUCACAGAUCAGUAGUAUCUUGGUAUACUCAUCAAUAUCUCAAGGGUCACUGGUAAAGUCAGAUCUAGGUUUUUUAGUAUCCACUGGCAUACUAUAAUAAUAAUAAUAAUAAUAGUAAUAUGGGAUUGCUUUGAUACUGAGACCUCACUUCUUCACCACAGGACAGGCUAUGGUUUUGGAGUGACGGCUCCAAAUUUGAUUACCAGAACUGGAAGAAAGGAGAGCCCAAUAAUAGCGGUGGCAGAGAGCCAUGUAUGGUGAUGAACUGGGGAGGUACAGUAGGCUCACUAUCAUUCACUGAUACAUUCAUCAAAUUAAAACUUUAUUCAUAGUACAUUUAACAAAUAAAACUGGCACACACACCACACACCGCAAACACACUAUUAUAUUGUUGUGUGAACAUCUGAGAUUAUUUGAGAGGUCAUUUCUGUUCUGUGUUUCCUUUUAAGAUGAAUACCGCUGGAACGAUAUAAACUGUGGAAACAGCUUUCCCUCUGUGUGCUCCAAAAGAAUCUGUGAAAUAGAGAAAAACUGAAACCAUAAAUGCCUACUCGAUAGUGUCAGCAUCCAACUGAACACUUUUUAUGGUAAAGUCAAAUAUUUAGUAAAGAUUAUUUGUUGCUGUAAACUGUAAGUUUGUGUUUAGUUGUUGUUCAUAAUGUUGAGUAAUGGUUUUGUUUGUUUAUUGUCAAUAAAACGGUUGUACACAUUAUUAGUUUUCUCUUAUGAGUCAUUAUUAAACAUGAAUGCCAUAAUUGUAAGAUGAUUCUUAAAGGUACAGUCUAGGAUCUCAGAGUUUGUUCAAUGGUCAUUUAAAUUCUUUACAUUUAUCCAUUGAUUCAAGGUUAUUAUAGUAAACAAAAACUGAAACAAAAAUAACAAGGCAGAGCAUUCAUUGCUCAACCUUCAUUGGAUUAGCAUCCACACACCGGAGAGGUAAUUGACUGCACAUUGAACGCAUGGGACAUACCAGAGGAGAAGAUUCUACUCUUUGUAACUGACAACGGGGCGAACAUAGUCAAGGCUAUUACACAAUAGACAAGAGAUACCCGUGAUCAACAACAACCAGAGCUGGCCAUAGCUUUGAACGGUGCGGCAUGUAGUGAGCUUAAAAUGAUUCAUGUACAGUGGGGAAAAUAAGUAUUUAGUCAGCCACCAAUUGUGCAAGUUCUCCCACUUAAAAAGAUGAGAGAGGCCUGUAAUUUUCAUCAUAGGUACACGUCAAACUAUGACAGACCAAAAUGAGAAAAAAAAUCCUGAAAAUCACAUUGUAGGAUUUUUAAUGAAUUUAUUUGCAAAUUAUGGUGGAAAAUAAGUAUUUGGUCAAUAACAAAAGUUUCUCAAUACUUGUGUAUAUACCCUUUGUUGGCAAUGACACAGGUUUCUGUAAGUCUUCACAAGGUUUUCACACACUGUUUGCUGGUAUUUGGGCCCAUUCCUCCAUGCAGAUCUCCUCUAGAGCAGUGAUGUUUUGGGGGGCUGGUUCGCUGGGCAACACAGACUUUCAACUCCCUCCAAAGAUUUUCUAUGGGGUUGAGAUCUGGAGACUGGCUAGGCCACUCCAGGACCUGAAAUGCUUCUUACGAAGCCACUCCUUCGUGCCCGGGCAGUGUGUUUGGGAUCAUUGUCAUGCUGAAAGACCCAGCCACCUUCAUCUUCAAUGCCCUUGCUGAUGGAAGGAGGUUUUCACUCAAAAUCUCACGAUACAUGGCACCAUUCAUUCUUUCCUUUACACGGAUCAGUCGUCCUGGUUCCCUUUGCAGAAAAAAAGCCCCAAAGCAUGAUGUUUCCACCCCCAUGCUUCACAGUAGGUAUGGUGUUAUUUGGAUGCAACUAAGCAUUCUUUGUCCUCCAAACACGACGAGUUUGAGUUUUUUAUCAAAAGUUUAUAUUUGGUUUCAUCUGACCAUAUGACAUGCUCCCAAUCCUCUUCUGGUUCAUCAAAGGCACUCUAGCAAACUUUCAGACGGGCCUGGACAUGUACUGGCUUAAGCAGGGGGACACGUCUGGCACUGCAGGAUUUGAGUCCCUGGCGGCGUAGUGUGUUACUGAUGGUAGGCUUUUGUUACUUUGGUCCCAGCUCUCUGCAGGUCAUUCAACUAGGUCCCCCCGUGUGGUUCUGGGAUUUUUGCUCCACCGUUCUUGUGAUCAUUUUGACCCCACGGGGUGAGAUUUUACGUGGAGCCCCAGAUCGACGGAGAUUAUCAGUGGUCUUGUAUGUCUUCCUUUUCCUAAUAAUUGCUCCCAAAGUUGAUUUCUUCAAACCAAGCUGCUUACCUAUUGCAGAUUCAGUCUUCCCAGCCUGGUGCAGGUCUACAAUUUUGUUUCUGGUGUCCUUUGACAGCUCUUUGGUCUUGGCCAUAGUGGAGUUUGGAGUGUGACUGUUUGAGGUUGUGGACAGGUGUCUUUUAUACUGAUAACAAGUUUCAAACAGGUUGCCAUUAAUACAGGUAACGAGUGGAGGACCAGAGGAGCCUCUUAAAGAAGAAGGUACAGGUCUGUGAGAGCCAAGAAAUCUUGCUGUUUGUAGGUGACCAAAAUACUUAUUUUCCACCAUAAUUUGCAAAUAAAUUCAUUUAAAAAUCCUACAAUGUGAUUUUCUGGCAUUUUUUUCCCUCCAUUUGUCUGUCAUAGUUGAUUGUACCUAUGAUGAAAAUUACAGGCCUCUCUCAUCUUUUCAGUGGGAGAACUUGCACAAUUGGUGGCUGACUAAAUACUUUUCCCCACUGUAUGCAUGCAUUCUUAGCCAAAUGAAGCGGGUGUUCUAAAUGUAACAAUGAAAAUGCAUCCGUCUCUCCUUUUCACUCUCUUUCUAGUGACCCCUCCUUCCCACUAACCAAAGCAGUCAGGCUAUUGUUAGUCAGUCCACUAGGGACCGGUUUCAUUGUAUUAUGUUAGUAAUCAAUAACCUAUGCGUGUGUGGGUGUGUUUGUAUUCUCGGUAUUAUUUAGUUAGGUAGUAAAAGAAAUAAUAGCCAAUUGUUAUUGCUGAUUCUCAUAGGGUUAGGGGGUUUCUUGCAGUUUCAAGAUUAUGCGCGUUUCUAGAAGAGACUGAUGAGGUAAUGAUUGAAUAGUGACGUUAUUGAGAUAUAACAAUAUAUAUCUUCUACGAGGUUAAUUUGGGAGAUGGGGUAACUCGUUAAUAUGUUACAUGCGAUUUAAUCGGAGUGACAAUUUAAAACAUGUUAGUGAUUCUAUACUAACGUCAUCACCUUAUGCAAGUCACAUUACGGACCAAAUAGUGUGUAUUAGAGUAGUUUGUAAUAAUGUGUUGUGAAAGUAAUGUUAAUAUAGGUAAGCCUUAAUGUUGCUGGACACCAGGAAGAGUAGCUGCGCCUUGGUAUACUUAAAAUUACCAAAAUCCAACAACAAGGCAUUAGAAUGAUGCUCAACCUCCAAUCCGGAUUUAGCAUCCAAUUUGAAGCAGUGGACAUUACCAGGGGAGAAAGAUCCUACUCUUGAACUCACAAUGGGGCACAUAGUAAAGGGCUAUUGUAGAAUACACAAGAGAAACCCGUGAUCAACAAAACCAGAGCGGGGGCCAGAGCUUUGAACGGGCGGCAGAAAGAAAUGUCUGAAUGAGUCAGACCCGACGAUUAUCUUUUAAGGCUAGGCAACACACCCUCAUAUUUUUUCCUUAAUCAUAUAACAAUCAACUUUUACCAGUGGAUGUAGACACAAAUAUUCAUACUUUUUUGUAUUACAAGGUUUCUGAAAUGUUUUAAAAAAAUAUGCAAAUGAGACAAACGUCAUUAAAUAGGUGACAUAUUGCAUUAUCGCGCCAAAUCCAUUUUUCUGGACAUGGAUGAAGCAGCCAUAUUUUGGUUUAAUCUUUGUUAAGGACACUCCAGGACCGGACUGUCCAGAGGAGAUGUGGAUAAAUACUUUUUUUUCUAUUCUUGGAAAAUACUAAAAAAAUGCACGUAAAAUGAUUUAUUGUGCAUUUUCCCCCCCCAAAAAAUUAUCUAGAAUAAAAAAUUGACAACAUAUCAACAAAUUCCUUCUGGGCAAAUCUGGGAGAAUGUCUCUAAGGAUACCAACAAAGUGUGGUAUGUAGUAUGAUAAAUAAAUAACAUUUACAUGAUACUUCAGAAGACAACGAGGAGCACACCCCAUCCCCAUCGAAAGGAACGCAGUGGAGAAGGCGAAAAGCCUUCAAUUUCCUCGGCAUACACAUCACUGACAAUCUGAAAGGUCCACCCACCCACACAGACAGAGUGUGAGAAGGUGGCAACGAGCCUCUUCAAACGGUCAGGAGGCUGACGGAAAAUUUGGGCUUGGCCCAUAAGACCCUGACAAACUUUUACAGAGGCACAAUUGAGGGUUCCUGUCGGCUUUAUCACGCCUGGUACGGCAAUGCACCGCACCCAACCUCACGUGGGGCCACACUGCCUGCCCUUCCAUGGACACCUACAGCACACGAGUCACAGGAAGGCCCAAAAGGAUCAUCAAGGACAUAACCAACUGAGCCAUGGCCUGUAAACCGAUAUCAUCCAGAGGCCGAGGUCCAGUAAAGGGCAUCAAGCUGGACCGAGGCCCUGAAAAACACGCUUCUAUCUCACGGCCCUCACUGUAACUUUUUAGCCAUCACUAGCCAGCUACACCGGUUAUCUCACACCCUGCACUUAGUGCUGCCAUGUAAUAGACAUAGAUCACUGGUCACUUUAAUAAUGGAAACACUAGUAAUAAUGUUUACAUUACUGUUUUACUCAUUUCAUAUGUAAGCAUGUAUUUACGGUAUUUUAGUCAAUGCCACUCCGAUAUGCUCGUCCUAAUGUUAUACGCUUUCCUUCUUUUCUUUGCCCCUUUCGCUUUGUGGUCUUGUUGUGCUUGUUCGCUCCUCCUGCCCCGUUGGCGCUCGGCCCCCCCCCCGGCCUUCGCUUCCCCCCCGCAACCCCCCUCUGCGUCCCCGGUCUGUGCCCCCUCCCCCCCUUGUCUUGCCUUGCUUGCUUCCAGCCGUUCUCGGCCUUUCUCUUUUCCUUGGCCCCAACCAUGGAUUCCAAAAAAAACUAUUCCAACAUAACAUUAUCAUUGAACUGGCAUUUGACACUUUGUUUCACAGGACAACUAGUUCAUGAACACCAAUUACUAGUUAUCCAUUUAUUUAUUUGGGAUAAACCGUUAUAGCUCACACGAUAGGUAAACAUUCCAAAGAAACAUUGCAUGAAAAGUCAUUUAAUAUCUGGACAUUUAACAUACAUCAAAUAGCUUAUGGAACACCAUUACCAGUUAACAAUUGUUUUUGAAAUGCUAAAUAUUUAUUUGUUGCCUAACAAGAAAAAUGCUCCUCUUUCUUCAGAUGAACAGAACCUGGCAGAACUUACCAGUGAUUCACAUAAACAGGUUAAGUCUCAAUUCUGUACAUUUACAUCAUAACACGUUACUCUCCGGUUAUGCUCUUCCAGAGAAUUCUGGAGUUUCUAGCAUAUGUUACCUCGGUUAUAGUAACUUGUUUUUAGGAGACAUUUAUCAACAUGACAAUGGUGACAUAUCCUGCUGCUGUGUGCUGCCCGGCUCUUGAGCAAGAACAGUAAGACGCCACCAGCAAAACAAGCAUAUAAACCUAGUUAACAAUUAACAACAUUCUUAACAAACACUCCUUUCCUGUCGAUCCUGUAACUCCAGCUUAAACUGGAGUUUUUGUGGUCCAGGUGCUGAGCUCUACCGCAUUUCUUUUUUGUGUACCAGUUCUGUUUCAGAGCAAAAACAUGAGAAAAAACGUUUCACUCUACUGAGUCGAGGCGGACUGCACUGGAUUGUUUGUGAAAACAUUGCUAUGGACUGGUCCAUUUGAAUUCCUUCUGUCGUCCUUCUUCCGGAGCACGGGGAAGAGGGGAGGGCGUAGUGGCAACGGCAGCAGGAACAGGAACCAAUGCCCCCAAAGGUGGUUCCAAUAUGAAUGCGCGCUUUCAUGUUCAGUGAGACUGCAAGGAACAUGGCCCCUAGAGAGGAUCAUGGUUACUCGCUACUGUGAAUUAAAGGGGAAAGGCAAUCCCCCCGAAACAAUCGCUUAAUUUGGUUUGAGUUACCUUAAAGGUAUUUGCCAUUGACGUCCUGGAAAAUACUGAACAUCCCCUUUAAGUUAUCUGUUUCAUUGGAAUUUUCUUUUAAGCGUCGAAUAUUUAUUGAUGAUUUAUAUUACCUGAGGCCUACUGUAAUUGAAACCCACCAGGACAUUGGUUUAAGACAGAGAUCUAACAUUCUGUAAGAGCAUAGGUAAAGAGCAUUAAUUGCGAUGGACAAUAUUUGAUUGGAGAGUCCAGAAGAAAGUAUCCCAGGACUGGAUACUGACUGAUACUUACAUUAGGAAAUGUCUUUUGUCCCUGUCUACCUCUCACUGUAGAGACACUUGUGUCCCUGAGAGCAAACUGGGUCUGUGCCACGGCUCUGCGGAGUAUCCAAUUUCUACAGGGUAGUGGUGGGUGCAAGGCUGGCGGUUCUCUUCCUACUGGAUGGAGGAUAUGAUGCGGUCAGGUGGGUUACUCACAGAUCAGUAGUAUCUUGGUAUAUACUCAUCAAUAUCCAAGGGUCACUGGUAAAGUCAGAUUAGUUUUUAGUAUAUCCACUGGCAUACUAUCAUAAUAAUAAAAUAAUAGUAAUAUGGAUGCUUUGAUCCUGAGACUCUUCUUUCACCACAGGACAGGCUAUGGUUUUGGAGUGACGGCUCUCCAAAUUUAUUACCAGAACUGGAGAAAGGAGGCCAAUAAAGCGGUGGCAGAGAGCCAGGUAUGUGAUGAAAUGGGGAGGUACAGUGCUCACUAUCAUUCACUGAUACAUUGCAUCAAAUUAAACUUUAUUCAAGUACAGUAACAAAUAAAACUGGCACACCACACCACACACCGCAAAACCACAUAUUAUAUUGUUGGUGAACAUCUGAGUUAUUUGAGAGGUCAUUCUGUUCUGUGUUUCCUUAAGAUGAAUACGAGGGAACGAUAUAAGCUGUUGGAUGGAAACAGCUUUCCCUCUGUGUGCCCAAAAGUUUUGUUGUUCAGGGGUUCAGGUUGCUGAGCUCUACCGUCAUAAUUUUUUGUGCUUUACGGUGGUUCUUGUUUCACGAGCCUUUGCUGGAGACAAACAUUGAGCAAGCUGGAGAGAAGAAAAACACGAGCAAAACAUUUGAUUGACUUGAUGCAUAAGUAGACUGAAAUUGUUUGGAAUGGCCAGUAUUGAUAGUAACUUUUUCACACUACUGGGUCGAGUCGGACUGCACUGGGGGUCCUGGUUACAAAUCACCAUAGUUGCCUGGACUGU